AUGGCCUUUACCGCUAGCGACAUCUUGAAGAUCAUUCUUGCUAUCAUCCUCCCACCUCUGGGUGUCUUUUUUGAGCGAGGAUGCGGUGCUGAUCUAUUGAUCAAUAUCUUGCUCACAAUCCUUGGUUACAUUCCCGGCAUCAUUCACGCACUCUACAUCAUUCUCAAGUACUAA